AUGCAAGUAGAUCCCGGAUGUUAUGGAGACUGCAAGUCCUUCUGCAAUCUGGUCUCUCAACAUGCCAAUCUUCAUCCUGACAGUAUUGCCCUAUCUUAUAACGGCGACACUUUAUCAUAUGCUGAACUGGAAACGCAAUCCACACGAAUUGCGACCCUUCUCUACAACAGAGGCGUUCGAACCAGAGACAAGGUGCCAAUUCUUACAUCGAGGUGCUCACUAAUGGUGGUGUGUCUCUUAGCGAUCUCCAAAAUUGGCGCUUGCUACAUUCCCAUGGACAUCACCUGGAGCUCUGAGAGGAUCCGUAUAGUUCUUAGUACUAUCAACGCGGAUAUAAUGAUAAGCACAGAGUCUGAGACGGGGACAAUAGUGAGUAACAACAUGGUUCUGAAGAGUGAAAUUGAAGCAACCCUAGGCCAAAGGAAUGGAGAAAGUCAAUUGUAUCAUCACGUGGGUUAUGAGAACCUCGAGGACCCCGCGUACAUCAUUUUUACCUCUGGGACGACAGGAGUGCCAAAAGGGGUAGUGAUCUCUAAUGCAAGCCUCUUCAACUAUGUGCAGCAAGGUGGUGUAUCCAAGCCUUUCAAUAUGAACGUAAAGCCAGGGGAUAAGGUGGUGUUAUUGUUUUCAAUUGGAUUUGACGCAUGCACUGGAGUUCUUUUUAGCACUCUAUGCAAUGGUGGUCAGCUAGUACUUUCUAGUCAAACUCGAUUUAUAGACGACUUGAAGACAUGUGAUAUACUGCCCAUUACACCAUCAGUGUUAGCGACAAUCCAGUAUCCAGAAAGUUUCACCAACAUCAAGUCUAUCUUUUUAGGAGGAGAAUCACCUAAUCACACUCUAAUAAAGAAAUGGUGGAGACCAGAUCGAAAGAUCUUUAAUGCCUAUGGCCCAACCGAGACAACAAUCUCAUCUAGCAUCUUUGAGGUGUUACAGGAUCAGCCAAUACUAUUGGGCAGCCCCAUGGAAGGAAGCAGAAUUCUGCUUCUCGAUGAGAAUCUCGAGGAAAGCGCUGAGGGUGAGAUUUGCAUUAGCGGCCCAGGACUCGCGAUUGGCUACUUCAAGAAUGAGGAUAUGACAAAACAAAAAUUCAUCAAUUGGAAAGGAAUAAGAGUUUACCGCACCGGUGACUUUGGCCGUCGAAAUGUUGAUGGAGAUGGUAUUAUUUUUCUAGGACGACAAGAUAGCCUGGUCAAGAAUCGAGGGUUCCUGAUAAAUCUAGAGACUGAAGUGGUACCUGCACUGAGGGCAUUUGAAGGUGUUACCGCUGCUAUCGCCUUGUUGCACGAAGGGCGAUUGGUGGCUUUUAUUGCGCCUAAAAUUGAGCCAUCCCUAGUGCGCAAUUGGUUAGCACGACAUUACGAUACGUUCCUUGUCCCUGACAUCCUUCACUCGUUCUAUUCUCUCCCUCUAUCACACAAUGGAAAAGUAGAUAUACCAUACCUAAGAAGCCAGUUGCAAGAUGUUCCAGAACCCCAAGAGAUAGAUAACAAAAGAGGAACAACAAUGCAAAUAUUAAUAUCAGGAGUCGCGCUGGCCCUUGGUAUUUCUGAGAGUAAAAUUUGUCCCAAAAGUUCUUUCUGGGACCUGGGAGGCAAUUCUCUGUCUGCCAUGAAGCUUUUAUCAUACUUACAUAAACACAACUUGACUCUAUCUGUUGUGGAUCUAUUCUCCUCACAAAGCCUCCGCCUCACAGCCUCGUUGGUCCACGCUAUUGACACUGGUACCAGUCAAAUCACUACAUCGCAAGAUGAAAGCAAAAUGGACAGCUUUUCACAUCAAUUAACUGAAUUUCCAAUGACGGUAGUUCAAUCAAGCAUGAUCAAAGCAUGUCUGCGUAAGCCACUUGCUAAUUAUCUACUUAUUUCUAUAUCAUGCGAUGACUGCGAAGUCUUAGAAGCUGGUCGCUUGAAGAGAGCAUGGGAAAUGAUAAUAAAGCGGCACCUUAUAUUUUCAACUACCUUCGAUCUUCUCAAAGGCACACAAGCGACCUCUGAAGUAAGCGAGAUUGACUGGAUCGAGAUUUCGAGCCAUAGCAAAAAUAUCGAAUCUACUAUCCGUAACGUAUCGGAUGAGCUGUUGUCUCUACCUGAGACUCCGUGCACCGGGCAUGCCUUUCAACCUGUCAAUGCAUUUCGAGUAAUUCGAGAUCACAAACGAAGUUUCAAUUUGUUGUGGCUUGUACAUCAUAGCCAGAUAGAUGGUUGGUCUAUGAGUAUAUUGAUGGAAGACCUGAAAGCAGUACUUGGUGGAAAGGCACUCUCCUGCCCUGGAAAAUUCUCCGAUUUCGUUCAUAAGCGAAGUCGGUACGUUGAGAAAACGCGUGAAGGAUCAGUGGACUUUUGGAAAACCAUUUUCCAUGGCCACUCCCCUACCUACAGUCUAAAACGAUCAAAGCCUGAUAUGAAUAGACUGGAAGAUGAAUUGAUUUCAUUUCCCGAUGAGGUCCUGAAACUCGGGAUCUCUUGUGCAAACCUCGAAGCAAGCUCUCGAAGACUGAAAGUGUCAGUCCCUGUUAUCAUUUAUGCGUCUUUAUCAUUACUUCUUCGAACUUAUUUGGCUGAUGACAAGGUGAAUUUUGGAGUAGUCAUAUCAGGACGCAGCUUAGCGGUGCCUCUUAUUCACAACACCGUCGGCCCACUCAUCAAUACAUGCCCCUUUCCCGUGGAUUUAAGUGGCUCAACGAAUAAGAUGGAUUUGCUUAAUCAUGUGCAGGAAAGAUUGCUGAAAAUCAUAGACCAACAAUGGUCUGCGGCAGAUUAUCUUGAAUCUAUUCCAGGUGAUAACUCCUGGCUGUUGAAUCCAAUUGUAGCCAUAGAAUACGAUUUACCCGAGAUCCCAUGUCCAAUCAAUUCUGGAACAUGGAAGUUCCAGUAUAAAUCCUUUGUGGAAUCCGGGUUGACCAUCUCGAUUGGAAAAGAUCAAGGUGAAAUGUUCACACAGUUUCAGUAUAGCACCAAAGAAUACGAACCGGCACUGAUGAAACGGAUGCAACAGCAUUUUCAUAACAUUAUUCAUGGCAUCAUCGACCAGUCGACCGAUACUACAUUGCAUGUCCGCGACAAAAUGAUGAAUCAAGCAGAAGUUGAUAGCUUGGUGUAUCCACCACAGAUCGGACCUUACUUGGAUGAUAUGAAAACCCUAAAAGACUCAUUCGAGCAGGCAGCAGAUCAGUGGCCACAAUUCUCCGCACUUGAGUCGCAUGAUGGGUCACUCACCUAUCUAGAAUUGGAAAAUAGGGCUAAUCAUGUUGCAACAUAUCUUGCUAAAUUCAUUAAACCGAAUGAUGUUGUGGCAACUUUGAGUGAUGGGUCUUUGUCAUGGAUUGUAACCGUCUUAUCUAUCAUGAAAGCCGGUGGUAUUUACGCACCUGUUGACUCCAAGCUUCCGGCAAAGCGAAAAGGACAAAUAAUUCGACAGGCAAAGGCAAUGAUAUAUAUAAUCCCUUACGAAGACUACGGCGAAAGCCUGCGAAUCGCUGGAACCCGCACCUUGUUCUUGAGAAGUAUUAUCAAAGAGCCACUUCUCAAUACUUCAAGAUUGAAAACAAAAAACAAGCCCAGUGAUGCUGCUUAUUUGAUCUUCACCUCCGGUUCGACUGGCCAUCCUAAGGGAGUCAAAGCAAGCCAUGGACCGAUCUUAUCUUAUCUUGCAUCCCCGGAGUCGAGGCUGCAUUCUAAACCUGGGAGAAGAAAUGCACAAAUGCUAUCGGUCGGAUUCGAUGUCAGCAUCGCUGAGAUAUUCGGCACACUCUGCUAUGGCGCUACCCUAGUUUUAAAAAAUCCGGCGCAUCCAUUCUCACAUCUCACCACAGUUGACGCUACUAUGGCAACACCAUCCUUGCUUUCAAGCCUUGUAACUGAGGAAUUCAAUAAUCUUGAUACUAUAUUUCUUGCCGGAGAGGCAGUUACCCAAGGGCUUGUAGAUCGGUGGGCUGUAAAUGGUCGUAAUUUGUACAAUGGUUAUGGGCCUUGUGAGUGCACGAUCGUCGUUCUCAUCGCUAGUCUUCGGAGAAAUCAAGAGCCAACAGUCGGCAAACCUGUUCCAAGAACUGCUUGCUAUAUACUGGAUUCUCAGAGACGACCAGUACCGAUAGGGCUACCAGGAGAGAUUUGUAUCAGCGGACUGUCGGUUUCGCAGGGAUACCUUGACAAUGAGGAGGAAACCUGCCUUCGGUUUGUUCGCGAUCCAUUCUGUCCUGGACAGACGAUGUACUGCACUGGAGACAUUGGAGUAUGGACAGAAUCAAAAGAGGUGCGGUAUUUGGGCAGAGAAGACAAUCAAGUCAAAGUUCGGGGAUUCCGUAUCGAGCUUGAAGAGGUCGAGCAAGCAAUUAUGUCAGUUUGCAGAUUGGCAACAGGUGCAGCAGCAGUAGUCCAGAAUGAUAACAUUUAUGCAUUUGCUACUCCUGCAACUGUGGAUGUUGGUUCCAUACAACGUGAGCUGCAGAACAUUCUGGCGUAUUACUCUCUGCCUACUAGAAUAUUUGCAAUGGACCGCUUGCCACUUAGUCCGAAUCUAAAAAUCAACAGAAAUGUUCUCCGGGACCUGAUCAUAUCAAAUGGACACCAAUCAAAUGGAGAAAGGGCUAGCACUGUAAUGGAAAAGUUGAUCGAGAGGAUUUGGAAAGAAAUUCUCAAUCUGAGCGAUUUCGUUGAGAUUGGGACAGGUGACGAUUUUUCAAUGCUUGGCGGCAAUUCUUUAAUGCAAAUCAAAGCAUUACAGAAGCUGUCGGAUAUGUUGGCCUGCAAUAUACCAUUGCAGCUUCUGAUCUGUAACACGACACUCUCAAGUCUGGCUGCGACGCUUGAGCAAUAUUGCACGCAUGAUCGGAGGCGCGCAUUUCGUGCCUUUAAUGGGAAGCUUUUAGCUCCACAUAGUGCUGUCUCUUAUUUGGAACAGGAGAUACACAGCCUCCAGGUCACUUCACCAUCUUCUUCGAGCUUCAAUAUAGUGUGCAAACUUGCGCUACGGGGAAGUCUGGACCUUACGCUUCUCGCUAAAGCUGUAAAUACUCUCAUCUCCACGAAUGACAUGUUGAGAACUCGAUAUAAAACCAUUAAUGGCCAUUUACAACGAUUUGUUUCCGAGGAUGUACUCCCAACUAAGAUUCUGAAGUCCGCCAAUGAGUUGUCCAUUGGAAAUCUAAUCAAUGCGCCUUUCGACUUGUCUAACGAUCAACUCAUUCGAUCAGUCGUGGCGGAGGAAUACGAUCAGACCAUUCUGAUAAUCGUUUCACAUCAUAUUAUCGCAGACAAAAGAUCUUUAAACAUCAUGUUGACCCAGAUAUCUCGGAAUUAUAUCGAUAUGAAAUACCGACAGCCUCGAUCAGAUCUGGGCAAGUCAGAUCCAUCGUAUAACUCUUGGAUCAGCUGGUUCCCCCAAAGCCCUUCGAUGCUGUCAAAUAGCCAAACGAAACAAUUCUGGGAGGAAUUUCUACAGCCACUCCCGCAGCUAUUUCCACGUUGGCAAUUCUCAUCUGGUAUCGCCACUGGGGCGUCGCAGUAUCUGGACAUAAGUGAGAGGCUCUCGCCGCAUAACGUAUCCGGUACUUAUCUCGCCGCAUGUGCAAUUGCCAUUUCAAAGCUGUUCUAUGUAGAUAAUGUCGUCCUCGGUAUCCCAUACAGCAAUCGAAUGGAAGCAGAGACGCAUAAUAUCUUGGGGACCUUCCUAGAUCGCGUGCCAAUUAAGAUCGAUUGCAGCAGCACAAACAUUUAUAAUAUUGAGAGCUUCGUUGACUCUGUCCAAGCUAGUUAUAAAUCUGCGUUAGCUCAUGUUGUGCCUUAUUGCGAACUUGCAUCUCUGAUGGAUGCAGAGAACUUAUUCGACGUCAUGGUCAUAUUUCACAAGAAAGAAGAUUCACAUGGAAGCAAUCUUGUCAUACCUGAGAUCGAAGCUUCCAAUGUGAUUAAAAAGUCAGACGGAGUACAGUUUCCUUUGAUGAUAGAGUUCUUCGAAGAGAGUAUGAGAAUGGUAUGUUUGAUAAGUUAUGCCACAAAUAUGGUCACUUCCGCAGAGAUCACUGCUCUUUCUGGUAUUUUGCUAGAGACGUUGGAAUCUUUGGCUGGAAAGGAAAUUCCCUGA